UGCUGAGCGUCAUGAAGUCAUCACCGCUUCAUGAUGAGUUGGAAUCCUUUUAGUCGUCAUUCUGUACCUAAAAAGAAUGUAGUAUCAAGGAUUGCUGAGAGAGAAUUGGAGAAGGAGGUCAAGAAAGCAGAAAGACUAGAAGAAACAAGUAGGAAACUCUAUAAAGACACGAAAAGAUGGGUGGAGUCAAACCAAGGUGUGAUAUCCAGUGAACAUAAGAUAACACAGAACCUACUGGCCAGUCAGUUAUGUCAGGCAGAGCCACAAUUCUCUACCCAGAUUGCUGACUGGGAUCGCUCACUGGACAAACAGGAACUCUACAUGAAAGAACUGAAUACCACUGUCCAAAAAGUUGUUCUGGAGCCAAUGAAAAAAUUUAAUAGUAUAUUUCCUAGUAUACAAAGUGCAGUGAAGAAAAGGGAACAGAGUCUUCAGGAGUAUAAUAGAUGUCAAGCCAAGGUUGAAAAACAUCAAAGUCGUGAAAGAACUGGACAAAAUGUUGUCAAACUGGACGCAAGUAGGAAAUCCCUUCGGGUUGCUAAGGAUGAAUUUGAGACACAGAACAGUGCCUUGACUGAGGAUCUCCCCAAGAUGAUUGAUGGUCGGAUGGAUUAUUUUCAGCCAAGCUUAGAAGCCCUCAUCAAAUCUCAGGUGACUUACCAUUCAGAAGUUUAUCGUAUGUGUACUGAACUGUCAGACCAGUUGCAGGGCAGUGAGAAAAGUACCAAGGACACAAGAGCCAGUAAGAUCCAACAGAGCCUGGAUAGUAUAAAAGCCCUAUCUAUCACACUGGACUAGUGAUACACAGAUAUAUAACACUACACAAGUGACACACAGAUAUAUAACACUACACAAGUGACACACAGAUAUAUAACACUGCACAAGUGACACACAGAUAUAUAACACUACACAAGUGAUACACAGAUAUAUAACACUACACAAGUAAUACACAGAUAUAUAACACUACACAAGUGAUACACAGAUAUAUAACACUACACAAGUGACACACAGAUAUAUAACACUACACAAGUGACACACAGAUAUAUAACACUACACAAGUGUUACACAGAUAUAUAACACUACACAAGUGACACACAGAUAUAUAACACUACACAAGUGACACACAGAUAUAUAACACUGCACAAGUGACACACAGAUAUAUAACACUACACAAGUGACACACAGAUAUAUAACACUGCACAAGUGACACACAGAUAUAUAACACUACACAAGUGACACACAGAUAUAUAACACUGCACAAGUGACACAGAUAUAUAACACUACACAAGUGACACACAGAUAUAUAACACUACACAAGUGACACACAGAUAUAUAACACUACACAAGUGACACACAGAUAUAUACCACUACACAAGUGACACACAGAUAUAUAACACUACACAAGUGUUACACAGAUAUAUAACACUACACAAGUGACACACAGAUAUAUAACACUACACAAGUGACACACAGAUAUAUAACACUACACAAGUGACACACAGAUAUAUAACACUACACAAGUGACACACAGAUAUAUAACACUACACAAGUGACACACAGAUAUAUAACACUACACAAGUGACACACAGAUAUAUAACACUACACAAGUGACACACAGAUAUAUAACACUACACAAGUGACACACAGAUAUAUAACACUACACAAGUGACACACAGAUAUAUAACACUACACAAGUGACACACAGAUAUAUAACACUACACAAGUGACACACAGAUAUAUAACACUACACAAGUGACACACAGAUAUAAGUACAGGGUAGAAUUAUAGAAAUAAGAAAAUCAAAUAUUAAACUGAUUAUGAAUUAGAUUUGCUGUAAAUUUGCAAUAUAUCUUAAAUAUGAAAUAUAUGUUAGAUAUAAUCAAGUUAAGAGAGGAUGAGGGAGAGGCGGAAUGAGAAAGUGACUGAGGGAAAAAGAAAGAGGGAUGGAGAGAACACAAAGAGUUUAUAAGUGUAGUGUAUUGUAUGCUAAUCUUUUAAUGAUGAUGUUAGUAGCAUUAUAAACAUCUAUAUUAUUAAUAUUAAUAUACUCGUAUUAUAGAAGGGUUUUUAUGAUCCCAUGUUUGUUCUUAUCCCAACGAGAUUGUAGAACAGAACAGUAGCUCUGUUAUGUAAAUUAAAAACUGUACAAAUCUGCUUAUUUAAAUAAUGUGUGUCUUACAAAGCUGAGUGGAAGUUAUACAAAAGAUUAGAGUUUGUGUAAAGGAGGUAAAUUGUUAAAGACUGAGAGAAGGUUGUAAAUGUGCAACAAUUAACCUUAGAUUAAAUGUAAGUUUGAUGAGGAACAAGAGAAGUGAAUGUUGAUGUAUUAUCUAACUGUCGUUAAGAUUUCUGUUUGUACAAAAUCUACUGUGAUCAGUGUUGCUGAGACCAUUCCAAUACCUAUAGGGCUGCCAUGUUUCUUGAUACACAUCACUGAUACAUGUCUCUAUUGUAUACACAUAUCUGAUACCAGUAUUUGUUAAAUACACAUCUGAUACCUGUAUCAACUCUGAUACUUGUAUCUGUUGUAUACACAUUUCUGAUACCUGUAUCUGGUAAAUACACACAUCUGAUACAUGUAUCUGGUAAAUACACAUAUCUGAUACCUGUAUCUGUUGGAAACACACAACUGAUACCUGUAUCUGUUGGAUACACACCACUGAUACCUGUAUCAGUAGGAUACACACCACUGAUACCUGUACUUGUUGGAUACACACAACUGAUACCUGUAUCUGUUGGAUACACACCACUAAUACCUGUAUCUGUUGGGAUACACACCACUGAUACCUGUACUUGUUGGAUACACACCAUUGAUACCUGUAUCUGUUGGAUACACACCACUGAUACCUGUAUCAGUAGUAUACACACCACUGAUACCUGUAUUUGUUGAAUACACACCACUGAUACCUGUAUCAGUAGGAUACACACCACUGAUACCUGUACUUGUUGGAUACACACCACUGAUACCUGUACUUGUUGGAUACACACCAUUGAUACCUGUAUCUGUUGGAUACACACCACUGAUACCUGUUCUUGUUGAAUACACACCAUUGAUACCUGUAUCUGUUGGAUACACACCACUGAUACCUGUAUCUGUUGGAUACACACCACUGAUACCUGUAUCAGUAAGAUACACACCACUGAUACCUGUAUCUGUUGGAUACACACCACUGAUACCUGUAUCUGUUGGAUACACACCACUGAUACCUGUAUCUGUUGGGAUACACAUCACUGAUACCUGUAUCUAUUUCUGCACCUGACUGAUACAUGUGUCUAAUGGGGACACAUCACCAAUACCUGUAUCUGUUGGAUACACACCACUUAUACCUGUAUCUGUUGGAUACACACCACUGAUACCUGUAUCUGUUCUAUAUCUGUUGGAUACACACCACUGAUACCUGUAUCUGUUGGGAUUCAUGCCACUGAUACCUGUAUCUGUUGGGAUACACACCUCUUAUACCUGUAUCUGUUGGGAUACACACCACUGAUACAUGUAUCUGUUGGGAUACACAUUGCUGAUACCUGUAUCUGUUGGAUACACACCACUGAUACCUGUAUCUGUUGGGAUACACACUACUGAUACCUGUAUCUGUUGGAUACACACCACUGAUACCUGUAUCUGUUAGAUACACAUCACUGAUACCUGUAUCUGUUGGGAUACACAUUGCUGAUGUUAUUUGUGACUUCUGUUGAAGUGAUCUUUAAUAAUCCAUUUCUUUAUUUAAUCAGCUCAAUAGUUUUGUAUGUUUUCUUUGUUUUUCAGUAUCAGUGUGACAUAAUCUACAAAUUCUUGUCUGGUGAAAUGGUGCUGAUCAUUUCUGUAUUGUAAACUUUUCAGAAUUUGCAAGAGACACCAUUUUUUUCCAUCAUAUAAAUACUCUAGGUUACAUAGGUUGCAUAACAGUAAUUAAGGGUCAUUUGGUUUUAAGUAAAGAUCAAAGCAUGUCACCCUUAUAUGGUUGUAAUAAUUUAGAUUGUAAUAUCAGUUUUUGUAUGAAAUGUCUUUCUUACACUAUUGAGUUUUGUAUGUGAUAAAAUUAUUUACAUUUAGUUUAUAUUGUGUAUUGAGCUUCCUGCAAAUAACUUGUAAUGAUGUAAAUAUAGCAUUAUUCAGGUUUUAUAUAAAGCCUAUGUUGAUAAAAAUUCAAAUAAAAGAUGCUGAAGCUUCAAGUGAAACAUAUACCUCAGUAUCGGGGAAUGUGAGCGUCUUGGUUUUAACUUGUCAGUUGGUCCAUCUUGAGGUAGUUUCUUGGCAAUUGUCUCUUAAAAAUGAAAGUUAGACUCAUUGUAGUUAUUGAGAAGUGUGAAUAUCAAAUAAUUUUAAACAUUUUUGUAUUAGUUUUAGGAGAAAAAACUUAUCUGCUUUUUUGGUUUGAUGUAAUGAGUGUUUGUUCCUAUUUGUUUGAUGUGCCAAGAGCACCUAUACCUGGUUUUCAUGCUAUUUACAACUAUAUUUUUAUGUCUUGAAAUUAAUACAAUAUAUAUAAAGUACUGCUAAUAAAGUAAAGGUAAAACAAA